GCGAGAGGCAGCGGAGAGAGAGCAGCGCGAGCGCCAGCCGGUCAGCGCAGAGCAGAGGAGAAGGAACAGGAGCUGUGGAGAAGCCAGCCUCACAGGUUCAGCCAGACAGGAGGAGCCGGGGGGCCAGCUUCUGCAGAGCCUGGAGGGGUCUCUUUCUGUGACACUGUUCUUCCAGGACGGGAAGGGGGAGAGGAGCUGUGGCUGAUCUGCAGCCAUGCACCGCUUAAGGACUACAUUUGCAAGGCUUCGGCCUUUAACGGCUGCGCAGACAGCCCAGAGCCUGUCACGGCCCAGACUUUUGGUGAUCGAUGGGGGCUUAAGGACGUUUCAGCCCGCGAGACACCAGAACACAUCCGUGGCUGCUGAGCCUUUUCUUAAUGGCACCAGCUCUAACUAUGUGGAGGAGAUGUACUAUGCAUGGUUGGAGAAUCCCAAGAAUGUGCACAAGUCCUGGGAUGCAUUUUUCCGUAAUGCUAACAGUGGGGCGCCGCCUGGUGCGGCCUACCAGAGCCCUCCACCCCUCAGUGGGAAUUCUCAGGGACUGGCCAGUGUCAAGGCACUGGUGGGGGCUCAGCCCAAUGUGGAGAAGCUGGUGCAGGAUCAUCUAGCUGUACAAUCACUUAUACGAGCGUACCAGGUACGAGGACAUCACAUAGCCAAGUUGGACCCCCUGGACAUCAGCUGCGUAGACUUUGACGAUGCACCGUGUACGAUUGGUGUCCAGAACGUUGGUUUUUACGGGCUGGUUGAAUCCGACUUGGACAAAGUGUUCCGGCUUCCCACCACCACCUUCAUCGGAGGCAGCGAGAACGCUUUGCCUCUCAGAGAGAUUAUACGUCGCCUUGAGACGGCCUACUGUCAGCACAUUGGCGUAGAGUUUAUGUUCAUCAACGACGUGGAGCAGUGCCAGUGGAUCAGACAGAAGUUUGAGACACCAGGAGUCACGCACUGCAGUCUGGAGGAGAAGAGGACUCUCCUGGGCAGAAUGAUCCGAUCCACAAGGUUUGAGGAGUUUCUCCAGAAGAAGUGGUCUUCAGAGAAACGAUUUGGUCUUGAGGGCUGCGAAUCGCUCAUCCCGGCCCUCAAGACCAUCAUCGAUAUGUCCAGUCAGAGCGGCGUGGAGAGCGUGAUCAUGGGGAUGCCUCACAGAGGCAGACUGAAUGUGCUGGCUAAUGUGAUCCGGAAGGAGCUGGAACAGAUCUUCUGCCAGUUUGACUCUAAACUCGAGGCUGCAGAUGAGGGUUCUGGUGAUGUGAAAUAUCACCUGGGGAUGUAUCACAAGAGGAUGAACCGGGUCAGCGACCGGUACAUCACGAUGUCACUCAUGGCGAACCCGUCCCACCUGGAGGCAGUGGACCCAGUGGUGCAGGGAAAGACCAAAGCUGAGCAGUUCUACUGUGGAGACACUGAGGGCAAGAGGGUCAUGUCUAUUCUGCUUCACGGUGAUGCUGCGUUCGCAGGCCAGGGUAUCGUGUACGAGACGUUCCACCUGUCUGACCUGCCGACCUACACCACACAUGGCACCAUACACGUGGUGGUCAACAACCAGAUUGGUUUCACCACCGAUCCCAGGAUGGCACGUUCAUCUCCGUAUCCUACAGAUGUCGCACGAGUCGUCAACGCUCCCAUCUUUCACGUCAAUGCAGACAACCCAGAGGCUGUGAUUUAUGUGUGCAAGGUCGCAGCUGAGUGGAGGAACACUUUCCAUAAGGAUGUGGUUGUAGACCUGGUGUGUUACAGACGUAACGGCCAUAACGAGAUGGAUGAGCCAAUGUUCACCCAGCCGCUGAUGUACAAGCAGAUCAAGAAGCAGAAAGGCGUCCUAAAAAAGUUUGCUGAAAAAGUCAUCGCAGAGGGAGUCAUCAGCCAUCAGGAGUAUGAGGAGGAAGUGGCUAGGUACGACAAAAUCUGUGAGGAAGCUUACAUUCGCUCCAAAGAUGAGAAGAUCCUUCACAUCAAACACUGGCUAGACUCACCGUGGCCUGAUUUUUUCACACUGGAGGGACAGCCUAAAACUAUGAGCUGCCCUCCCACUGGCAUCAGUGAAGAAGAGCUCAACCACAUUGGAAACAUUGCUGCCUCUGUGCCAGUGGAGGACUUCACCAUACAUGGAGGUUUGAGUCGUAUCCUAAAGGGCCGUGCAAAUAUGGUCAGUCAGCGAGUGUGUGACUGGGCUCUCGGGGAAUACAUGGCCUUCGGUUCUCUGCUUAAAGAAGGGAUCCACGUGCGCCUCAGUGGACAGGAUGUGGAACGGGGCACCUUCAGUCAUCGACACCAUGUUCUUCAUGACCAGAACGUUGAUAAGAGGAUCUGCAUCCCAAUGAACCACAUCUCCCCUGAUCAAGCUCCUUACACCGUCUGCAACAGCUCUCUGUCUGAAUAUGGAGUCCUGGGCUUUGAAUUAGGCUUCGCCAUGGCCAGUCCCAACGCGCUGGUUCUGUGGGAGGCCCAGUUCGGAGACUUUCAUAACACGGCUCAGUGUAUCAUCGACCAGUUCAUCAGCUCAGGUCAGGCCAAGUGGGUUCGACAGAACGGCAUCGUGCUGCUGCUUCCGCACGGCAUGGAGGGAAUGGGUCCAGAGCACUCGUCUGCCCGUCCUGAAAGGUUUCUGCAGAUGUGCAAUGAUGACCGUGAUGUUUUCCCUAAUCUGUCAGAGGACUUUGCGGUGCGUCAGCUGUACGACUGUAACUGGAUCGUUGUCAACUGCUCCACCCCUGCAAACUACUUCCACGUCCUCCGCAGGCAGAUCCUGCAGCCCUUCAGGAAGCCUCUCAUAGUAUUUACUCCCAAGUCGCUGCUGCGCCAUCCUGAGGCCAAGUCGAGCUUUGACGACAUGCUGCCUGUCACCCACUUCAAGCGUAUAAUCCCAGACGACGGACCUGCAGCUGCCGGCCCAGAAAAAGUGAAGAGAGUCAUCUUCUGCACUGGCAAGAUCUACUACGAACUGAGCCGUGAACGCAAGAACAGAGGGAUGGACGACGCCGUAGCUGUUGUUCGCAUUGAACAGCUCUCGCCGUUCCCGUUCGACCUGGUGAAGGCAGAGACUGAUCGUUAUCCACAUGCUGAUCUGGUUUGGUGUCAGGAAGAGCACAAGAACCAGGGCUACUACGACUACGUCAAGCCCCGCAUCCGCACCACCAUCAGCCGUACCCGCCCCGUCUGGUAUGCGGGUCGUGAGCCUGCAGCAGCUCCAGCUACUGGGAACAAGCAGACGCACCUCACGGAGCUGCAGCGUUUACUGGACACGGCGUUCGAUCUGGAGGCGUUCUCAGGAAACCAGUAACAUCUGGUUUACACCUCCCUCUGCGCUCCCACAUGCUCCCCGCCUGUGGAGCUGCACCUCCUCAGGCUGCAGCCUUUCCCUUUUUGCAUUGGUGUGUUUUUCCUCAAUAUAUUUACAUAUCAGCCCUGUUAUCAGGUGUAACAUUCAAACAAAACGCACAAUGAUCUACUGACUUUGAACACUGUUACCAUGGAAACCUCAUGUUCACAGUGAUGGACACUACUAUAGAGACAAAUGUAAGUAAACCUGUGCUGAAUUUAUGAAUUUAUACAAUAUUAAUUUGUAGGACAGAGAGUUUAAUUCGCUCUUAUUUCAUUAAUUACAAAAUAAUGUCAAGCUCUUCUGCAGCACGACUCCAGCUGAACAAACGUUUGAACUCAUUUAUCAUCUGUGUGAUGCAGAUACAGUAGGAAACGUUCAAAACAAUGAUGCACAUGUUUAAAGGAAUAGUUUUGGGGAAAUCAACUUCUUGCAGAGAGUUAAGACGAGAUGGAUUCCACUCUGGCGUCAGUCCGUUAGCUUAGCUUAGCACAAAGACUGGAAAUAGCUCGCCGGGCUCUGUCUAAAACUCACUACUAUCACAUUUCGCGAAGAAGAAAACAACAAUUAUGGUUAUACAGGGGCUGACUAUUUCCUGGCUGUGCACAGUGACUGCUGUAGGUGCUGGUAGGUGGACUUUUUUCAAACUUUGGACAGAACCAAGCCAACUAUCUGCGCCUGUUUCCAGUCUUUAUGCUAAGGUAAGCUAACCAGCUGCUGGGUGUAGUUUCGUAUUUACCCUGCAUGUUUAUAAAGUGAGAUUAGUGAAAGAAGAUAUUGGUGAUAAUUUAAUUUACGAUGGCUGAAUGGUUGAAAUUAAGAAUAUUUGGGAUAUUUUUAAGCACCUUUGUAAUGAAUGACUUCACCCUCACAUAUAAACAGUGACAAAAGUCAGAGUUUUAGAAAACAUGAAUGUCUAUUUCCGGUUGAAGAGCCUCUCAUAGAGAAACAGAUCAAAGGGGCUCAACAUAUUGCUGCACUUUAAUCUGAGUUCAGCAGUGACUUUAUAAUAAGCCAGUGUGGUUCAUCUCCAUGUGAACAGAGGCUCACUGUUCCAGACCUCACAGUUAACCAGAUCUACAGUUAACACUUAAUUUUUCCAUUUUUCAUACAUUCUGCUUCCAUUCUUCCCAAAUCCUUAUUUAUUUUCUCCUCCAUGGUUCACCGACCGUCCUGCCACAUCACGUCUGUGCCAAAUGUAACUGAUUACUUGAAAUUACAUCGUGUUUCAUUUCAUAGAAAACAUGCCCACAAUAGUAGAGACACGAGAUUCCUCAGAUUGAAGGAUGUAUUUAUUUUCAUACAGUGUUGUAUGUUUUAUUCUUUUCAAUAAAUGAAGAUUAU